CCUUAGACCGUGUUUUUACUGCCGAGACUUGAUCUGAGUCUGUCAAACACUAGCUCAAAACACGGGCAGGAUUGAGACAGAACACGGCCGUGUCCACCAAAAGCACGCCCGUGUUUUCCCCAAAAGUCUGGCCGUGUAUUUAACACUUGGCAAGGGCACGGGCGGGCUGGAGCAGAACACGGCCGUGCCCUCGACCGUGUUUUGCCCAGUGAUGCCCUUUUAAGCAGAUUUCAGCCAAAACAGAGGGGGAUUCGAGUUUUGGAGAGACAGAGCGAUUCCUAGAGAGAGAAAGCGACGAACAAGAGUUCCCAAGUGCCCUAGCUUGAUCUUCAUCACCAUUGGAGCUUGGCUUGAGCUUGGAGGAGUGCCGAUCAACGUCCAGGAGCAGAAAUCCAUCCUUCACAAUAUGAUUUCCGCGUCUGAAUCUGCUUUUGCUUCUUUCUCCAUGGAGUAGUUCUCCUAUUCAUCUGGGUAUGGGAAACCCUAGAUUUGUAUGUUAGGUUUGAUUGUAUGAACCCAAGUACUGAUUCUAUGAUUUGAUUAUAUUCAAUUGAGGUUUGAAUGAUUGAAUGGCAUGAAUCCUGAUCAUAUUCCUGUUGUUUCUGCUUUAACCUAGAAUGAGAAUAUCUGCCUAGGUUGAUAGAGCAUCCUUGAUAGAAGGUAGGGAGUUGGUGACUUUAGUCGAGGAGCCAACUCACUAUUCUGUACCGAAGUCACUUCGGUAGUGGAGGUUUUGUUCGUUAGGGCCUCAAUCUUUUACUCCGGUGGAGGUUAGUCGCCCGCUAGAGACUCAGAUUGAGAGGGUCUGGAGACCUUUAGUCGAGACUUCAGACCGCUUAAGAACCUUCCGCAGUAUAACUAUCAUAGAAAUUGAACUUGGUAAUUGCAAUCCGACUUAACUGCAGUCUAGGGGGAACCAUAUCCGGGUGACCUCUCUUAACCUGAAAACAACCGUUUAGUUGCUUUGCUUGUUUGUUAGUUUAGACCUGCAUUAAAGUUUCAUUGCUAGAUAACAAGAAUUCACCGGCUAGUCGUCAAAUCUAGGACCCGGGUUGACAUUAAAACCCAAACCCGCUAUACUACGCUUUAGGAAGUGGUUCCACUUGGCCAAUUUCUAGAGUGACAGUAGGAGUGAGUCACCAGCCUCCUCAUGAUCAGAUGACAUUUGGAAAUGGCUCUGGGCACUUGAGCUUCCUCCAAAGAUUGGAUUCUUCCUCUGGAGGUGCUUACGGAAUGCUUUAGCUACCAAAGCCAACCUCCAUCAUCGCCAUUGCUCCCCAAUCCUCGAUGCCAAAUCUGCAAUGCCGAGCAAGAAUCUCUGAUCCAUUUUUUGUUCCUUUGCCCUCACGCUAGGGAGACUUGGACAAGAGCUUUUCCUUCUUUGGUUCCCCCACAAAACUUCAACCAUUGGUUCUUCGCGAUGAAGAGUGAGGAGGACCCUUCUUCACUUCGGUUCAAGGCUUUUUGCCUAUGGAAUAUUUGGAAGGCUCGGAACGAGUUCGUUUUCAGAGGUAUCACUAUGUCCCCAAUGAUGACCUCAAUUUUUGCCUUUCGAGAGGCGUCUGAGCCUUUCCCUGCUCAUCCAUCUCGUUGCCCUAAUCACCAGUCUAGGGGCAUUCCACCACAAUCUUCUCCACCGCAGAGAGAUCCUGCGAAACGGAUUAACUGUGAUGGGUCUUUUGACCACGGAUCACAAGAGGCGGCUUUUGGGAUAGUUAUUACUGAUUCCCAAGGUCAUAUUUGUGAUGGGAAGGCUGGAAAGGUCAUAUGUUCUUCUCCGAUUGAGGUUAAGGCUCUUUCCCUCGUGGAAGCGUGUCGUUUUGCUGCUUCUGACAACACCCCUACUGUUAUUUUCACGGAUUGUAAAUCUUUGGUGGAUGAGUCCAUGUGGCCUUGGCGAUGUUUUGGUCUUCUUUCUCACAUUAAGACCAUACUUCGGCAAUGUCACUGGAUUCAUCUCUCUUUCACCCAUCGUCGUUUCAACUUAUGUGCUGAUUGGGUUGCGCGUAAUGCGCGUUGUCUUUACCUUCCACGGGACUGGAUAUCUGUUCUAUCCAUUGUAGCCCCUCUGCUGUAAUUCCUCUCCUCUUUCGGGAUGAAUGAAUGAAAGCUUUAUUAAAAAAAAAAAGACACCAUUAUGAAAAGCUUGAAUAAAAGUCUAGUUUCGUAAUAUGCAAGGAAGAAAGCGCAGCUAGAGCAUGGACUUUUUCCAUUUGUUAUAGGCUAACUGGCCGAACACCUUUAUUAGGCCUACAUAUCCGAUCUAGAUCUAGGUAUAUAUCCAUUCCAUAAAAUUUUAGUACAAGUAUGUCUAUAUAUUUAACGAAAGGAGAGAGCUUCUCAAGUGGAGUCUCCACUCCCAAUAUAAACAGUUACUAAAACACAAAAAAUAAAUGAGCACUUCUACUAUGAUAUAUAGUAUUGGUGCUUUAAUGUACAACUUGAAGUUGUACUAUAACAAUAAAUUUAUAAGUUUAGGUUGUACCAUAAAAAAAUUAUACCAUUAUGUUAUGGUACAACUUUACAAUUUGAAGUUGUACCAUCACAUAAAAGUACAAAUUCAUGUUGUACCAUAAAAGAAUUUGUACAAAAAGUAUAGGUACAAUCUGAAGUUGUACCAUAAUGUUAAAGGUACAAUUUCAAGUUGUAUCAUAAAGGCAAAAACCUAUAGCACCAAUACUAUAUAACAUUAUAAAAUUCCUCAACAUAAAUAGCAUAUACAAACCAAACUUCAAGAUGUUAUUAUUAUUACUAUUAUUUAUUAUUAUUAUUAUUAUCUCUAUAAAAGAACAAGUAAGAAGUUACUAUUGCAUAGUAUUCCAUCACAAGAGCUGUUCUUUUUGUAAUUAAACAAAGUUUGGAGGAGUUUUAUGCCAUUAAAGUUCUAAUCAAUUAAUUUUAUGCUAUUAACAUUCUAAGCACUUAAACAAUUGAAUCCUAAUUGAACCCAACUCAAUAAGUAUUUGACAUGGUUAAAGCCAUUUGAACUUGGUUUUUAAAAUUUUGGGUCGACAACAAAUUUUACACUCUUAACUCAAUGGGUUAAACUCGCUAUUAACGAAUUUUGGGUCUAGGAAAUUUUUUUGUCAGGCUUGCAAAUGAUUUUGGAGACUAUAGGGGUUAGAUGAUUUUAAUUGCGAACUUGAAACUCUCUAAAAGAACAAGUUUUGGGAUAAUAUUUGGUAGAGUCACAUCAACUAGGAUUAUUUUAUUGCUUACUAUUCUUUCAUUAAUCAAAUGCUUUUAUUAUUUCCUGGUAAUUGAACACAAAUUCAUAUAUAUUUAACAUAAUUCGACCCAGUUUUGGAAUUGUCGAAUUCUGGGUCGUGAAGGAAUUUUACCAAUCAGUUAAAUAUUUUCUCUUAUGACUAUUGAACCCAAAUUCAUGUGUGUUCGACCUAAUUUGAUCCGGAGUCGAUGUAUACGAAUUUUGGGUCACUUUAGGAUUGACCCCCCCCCCCUCUUAUGGCAGUUGAACCCAAAAUCUGACUUUAUCGAGUUAAAUCUAGUAUUGACGCAUUUUUUGUCGAGAACGGUUUUAUCCUUGACACUUUUAGGGGUGUGAAUGAAUUUAUCCACUUUUGUAAUCAUCGAAUUGGGUGGAGAACGCACUUUACCUGCUUUAUUGAUCGACAGAUUGGAUCGCGUGUUUGUUAGAAACUCGCCACUUUAUCAAACCGGUCAAAGAAAUUCAUGUGUGUUAACAAAUUUUGGGUCGCUUUAAGAUUGAACAUAAAUUGAACCCGACUCUUAUGACAGUUGAACCCAAAACCCCGCUUUAUCGAGUUAACCUCAAUGUUGACGCAUUUUGGGUAGAGGACGAGUUUUCCCCUUUACACUUUUGGAGGCGUGAAUGAAUUUUGUCCACCUUU